GAGCUACUUCACAAGUGCUCCAAGGUUCUUCAGUGGACUAGCUACAAAAGGUAUUAAUAUGCAAACAAACUUCUUGGAUUGGAUGAAUCACUUCAAGGAUUGUUAAAUAUAUUGAGAGUGCAAUUAGCAAGGGAUGUGAUAGAGAGCUUGGUUUCCGUAAGUAAUAUAGAGAAGGUGAUCGAUCAAAUUGAAGGGAGUGGUACGGUACAAUUACAAAAUGAUCCAUGUGAAGUACUUGAACCCCCAUAGCCUGAAGUUGGAUUGAGUGUGCAUGGAACAAGGGAUGUAAAGGAGACAUUGGAUUCGGCAGCAAUAAUAGAGGUUGGGAUGAAGUGAAUCGAAGGUAGCGGAGAUGUACAAGGUCAAAUUGACAUUGGAAUAGGUGAGCCUACAUUGAAGCUCCGGAUGCUGAAAAUAAGGUUACUGAAUAUGUACCUUCAACGGAUAGCCAAUAGAAGCUCUUAUGUUUCAAAAGAUGUUGGGAAGUUUCCUCUUGGCAAUCCUGUCGAGUCUAUGCAGACACAUAAGCAGCAGAAGUUGGAACUGAAGGUGAGUGAUGGUGACAAACAAAUGAAGAAAGUUAUGAAAGCUGUCCAUGCCAUAAAUGGGGUUAGUUCGACCGGUUGGGAUGCAAAGAACCAAAAGCUAACAGUGGUAGGACAGUUGGAUCCAGUGCUAAUAGUGACUAAGUUGAGGAAGAUGGCUUCUAAAACAGAGCUGAUAUCAGUUGGCCUAGCCAAGGAAGAGAUAUAAGAAAUAGAGAAAUCUUACAAUGGAAGACAACAAAGAAGAAAAUAAAGAGAAAAAUUUUACUAUGAAAGAGAGCAGGUGAUGAAGGAUACUAUAAUAUUGUUUGUACCAUUGGGUACAGCCCAUUUCAUGUGAAUUAAUUUCAGAUCAAGUGACUCGGCAUCUGCGUACUGAUGAAAGGAACUAAACGAGCAAGCAUCCAACGUUGGUUCUGCUUCGGAUGCCAAGAAUGUGAGUUUUAUGAUCAGAUACGUACAGUUUUGAUCGAUGCUGUAAAGGUUCAGAUAGGUAGGUAGGGUUCCAGUCCUGAUUGUAUGGUUCAUGAAGUAGCUCAGCAACAAACGUUGACAUCUCGUAUAAUUAGAAAACUUUUAAUUUGCCAAGCAUUUGUUCCUUGUCUGAGUUGUCUCUAGUGGACAAAUUCCAAAGAAAGGGUACACAGCAAAACAGAAAAUAGUCGGUAACAGGCGUACCCUGUUCCUGCUAGGGUGUUUUUUAUUUCCUUUUGUUCUAUAAUAUUCAUUUGAUUCUUGUCA